UAUAGACGGUCCACUGCUCCGUCACUCACCGGUGAUUCAAUCCCAAACAUCAAAAUCCGAAAAGUCUAUAAAAAGCAAAUCAAAGUCAAAAUCCAGAAAACAGAAACUGCAAAUCGAACCUUACAUUCUUCAUCCCUAACAUCGGGAAGAGAGAGAAAGAACAGAGAGAAAAUGGAUAGAUUUACAGAGCUAAGAGAGACAGUGGAGAAGAUGGAGUUAAUCGAUGGUCACGCUCAUAAUAUCGUCGCCAUUGAUUCGUCCUUUCCUUUUAUCAAAUGCUUUACUGAAGCUGAUGGAGUUGCUUUAUCUUUCACUCCUCAUUCUCUCUCAUUCAAGAGAGGGGUAAGGGAAAUUGCUGAGCUCUAUGAAUGCAGACCAUCCUUGCACGCCAUUGAAGUUUAUCGGAAAACUUCUGGCUUAGAAUCUGUUAGCUCAACUUGCUUUGGAGCAGCUAGGAUAUCUGGACUGCUUAUUGACGAUGGUCUCGAGUUGGAUAAUAAGUUGGACUUAGAGUGGCAUAAGAGUUAUGUGCCUUUUGUUGGUCGAAUUUUAAGAAUUGAGCGUUUGGCAGAAAAGAUUUUAUCUGAACACUCACCUGACGGAGAUACAUGGACACUGAACAAGUUCACUGAAGUUUUCGUCGGAAAACUGAAGUCAUUAGCUGCUACAGUAGUUGGGUUGAAAAGUAUAGCUGCAUAUCGUGGGGGUCUGGAGAUUGAUCCAAACGUUACUGAAAAGGAUGCUCAAGAUGGUCUUUCUGAAGUUUUAAGGGCUAAGAAGCCUGUCCAGAUCACAAAUAAGAAGUUAAUUGAUUACAUUUUUGUUCGUAGUUUGGAAGUUUCUGUGCUCUUUGACUUGCCAAUGCAGAUACAUACGGGAUUUGGAGACAAAGAUCAGGAUUUGAGGAUGUCAAACCCGCUCCAUCUGCGGAAAGUACUUGAAGAUGCAAGAUUUUCCAAGUGUCGCCUGGUUCUCUUACAUGCUUCUUAUCCAUUUUCAAAAGAGGCAUCGUACUUGGCAUGUGUAUAUCCCCAGGUGUACCUUGACUUUGGUUUGGGACUUCUCUUACUUAGCUACAACGGGAUGAAAUCUGUGGUCAAAGAGCUGCUGGAGCUGGCUCCAUUAAAAAAGGUGAUGUUCAGCACGGAUGCCUACGCAUUUCCUGAAGCAUUUUACUUAGGUGCCAGGAGAUCCCGUGAGGUUAUCUUUUCAGUUUUACGUGAUUCUUGCCUUGAUGGAGAUCUUACGAUUCCUGAAGCAGUUGAAGCAGCUAAAGAUCUUUUUGCUCAAAAUGCUAUUGUGUUUUACAAUAUCAAGUCGAGUGGUAAAUCGAACCUAACAAAAGCCGUAUCUCUUAACUUUGGAGACACUGGAAAUAUUGUACCACAAAGUAAUAUUACUUUCGUCCGUGUAAUUUGGGUUGAUACAUCAGGGCAGUGCAGAUGUCGCGGUGUUCCUGUCAAACGCUUCCAUGAAGUAGUCAAGAAAAAUGGUGUUGGUUUGACUUUUGCGUGCAUGGGUAUGACAUCGUUUAUGGAUGGUCCGGCUGCUGAAACUAACUUGACAGGAACGGGUGAGAUCAGACUUAUUCCAGACCUGUCAACAUUAAGGACAAUUCCAUGGGCUAAAGGUGAGGAAAUGGUUUUGUCGGACAUGCAACUCAAGCCCGGUACACCCUGGGAAUAUUGUCCAAGGGAGGCAUUAAGAAGGGUUACAGCAGUUUUGAAGGACGAGUUUAAUCUGGAAAUGAAUGCGGGCUUUGAGAAUGAAUUUUAUCUCUUAAAACCAGUGACAAGGGACAGAAGUGAGGAAUGGGUACCAUUUGAUUCAACCCCGUACUGUUCCACUUCAUCGUUUGAUGCUGCUUCUCCAAUCCUUCAGGAAAUGUAUGCUGCACUUCAUUCACUAGAUAUUACGAUGGAGCAGGUUCAUGCAGAAUCAGGAAAAGGCCAAUUUGAGAUGGUACUAGGACACACUCUUUGUACUCGUGCAGCGGAUAAUUUGGUUUUUACCCGUGAAGCUAUAAGGGCUGUGGCUAGGAAGCAUGGAUUGUUGGCAACUUUUGCACCAAAGUAUUCUUUGGAUGAUAUCGGCUCUGGAUCCCAUGUGCACUUAAGUUUAUGGGAGAAUGGGGUAAAUGUUUUCACAGGAAUGGCUGGAUCAAGUCAUGGAAUGUCUAAAAUUGGUGAGGAGUUUAUGGCUGGAGUUCUAUUUCAUCUUCCUGCCAUUUUGGCUUUUACUGCUCCCAACCCAAACAGCUAUGAUCGGAUUCAGCCAGACACAUGGAGUGGAGCAUACCAGUGCUGGGGGAAAGAGAACAAGGAAGCCCCACUGAGGACCGCGUGUCCACCUGGAGUUACAGAUGGUCUAGUGAGCAACUUUGAAAUAAAAUCUUUUGAUGGAUGUGCAAAUCCCUACCUGGGUUUGGCUUCUAUAAUUGCUGCCGGCAUUGAUGGCUUACGGAGGCACCUUUCUCUGCCUCUUCCUGUUGAAGCGAACCCUUCUAGCCUCGAAAAGGAACUUCAGAGACUGCCGAAAUCACUUGCUGAAUCCUUGGAAGCUCUUAACAAGGAUGAUGUCUUUAUGGACUUCCUAGGUGAGAAGCUGCUAACUGCUGUAGAGGGAGUUAGGAAGGCUGAAAUAGAUUACUACUCGCAGAACAAGAAUGCUUACAAGAAUCUCAUAAACCGUUAUUAGAUUUACACAUUUAUAAGCAUCGAGGGAAAUUAUUAUUACAUUUAUUUGGUGAAUUACAUCUCCAAAAAUCAAAUAACAUAAACAUGUACUACUAUUAGGCAUUAGUUAUGCUUGAGACACUUUAUCUACAUAUAGUUGAUUUCUCUCCAACUAAAUAA